UCAGGAGCAGCCCACUUAACAAAAAAAUAAAGGGGCCCCUUGGGCAUUUGCCUGUACUGACAGAAUGCCAGUCUGGCCCUGCCUCCAGCUCUGUGUAUGUUGUUAAGUCAAGUUCUGUCUCUAGGAGACGUUGUUAAGGGAGUGUUAGUGCACGGUUUGUGUGCAGUCUCCACUCCAGUGAAUAUAUUGCGGGUGCAGUAAGACUAGGUGUAACUGGACACUGUUUGUGGUGAUAUAGUGCUGUGCUUUUGUCUAGGAGGGUCGCAAGAAAGCGAUAGUUUGCGUGCAUUGCGCAUUCUCAAGUUUUACCCCCUCCCCGCCUUCUUCACGCCCAUUCCCGCCUCUCUCACAUAAACACUGGUACAGCCCGGGUUACCUUGCUUAGUAGGACCGCCCUCGCUAUCAGUCAUCAUGGCAGAACAGCAACAAGACCCAAGAAAACAGCGUCCAGCAGGAUUGUCUGCCCAUUCUGCACCGGGACUGCAAAGCACAGAGGCCAAUGCACUGCAACAGAAGAUCAGGAAUUCCAGCUGUAAAUCAAAACAGUCAAAAAUGGACAGCUCCCUGGCAAAGAAAACAAAAUGUGCUAAUGGGCAGUCGCUACCUAUGACACCCAAAAAACCCACCCAAGACAGCCUGUUAGCUAAAGAAGAAGAGUAUAAACGGUUAAAUGCAGAGCUAGAAGCAAAGACAGCUGAAUUAGUCCGUGAAGCAGAAGAGGUGAUGCGGGAACAACAAGAACUUUUGUCAAAGCCAGCACUAACACAAGUUCAGCUGUUUGAUGAAGAUGAUGAUGAAAACCUGUUAAAAUUGCUUUCCCCAGAAGUACCAACUUUAACACUCUCACAUGUCAAGAACCAUAGCAAGCCUGAUACAAAAUCAUCAGCUCGGAGCAGACCACCUUCUGCAAAUAAAGGGAAGAACAUAAUUUCUAGGGCUAGACCAAGAACUACAGACACAAAAGCAGCUGACAACGUUGCAAUCCCAAUUGACUUAACCGAUUUCUCCCUUGCAAAAACUAUUAGUAAGAUUGAAUGUGAUCUGGAGAAAGGGCAACUACCAGAGAACCCUGAAGAUGAUAUAAUUCCAGGAAUGAAUAAUGACAUUGGAGCAGAAGCACAGAUAAGAUUUCUGAAAGCAAAGCUGCGAGUCAUGCAAGAGGAACUAGAUACCAUUAGUCAUGAAUGCAAUAAGAAGGAUGAUGAAAAUCGCAAUCUCACAUCAAGACUAAAAGAGGUCGAGGAGGAUCGUGCACGAUUACAGAGAUCUGCUAACAUACAACAGACUCAGGCUGAGAAGUAUAAAGCUUUAUCUGAAGAAGCUCAUAAGAAAAGUGAUACCUUACAGCAUCAGCUGACUUCCUUAGAGAAGGAGCUGGAGAAUUUCAAGCGAAUACAGAAGCAGUCGGCAUCUAGUCAGAGUGCCACCGAGGUUCGUUUGAACAGGGCUCUCGAGGAGGCUGAAAAGUAUAAAACGGAGCUUAAUAAACUGAAACAGAGUAACAAGGAUACUGCCAACCAAGAGAAGAAAAAGAUUGAGGAACUCAAACUUGAAAACCAGAAGCUGGAGAAGCAGAAAGCAGAGCUGAUGGCUGGAUUCAAGAAACAGCUCAAAUUAAUAGAUAUUUUAAAAAGACAAAAGAUGCAUAUUGAGUCUGCAAAGAUGCUGUCCUUCACGGAAGAAGAGUUUAUGAAGGCGUUGGAGUGGGGGAAUUAACUGGCUUCCUUGUGAUUCAAUUGGCUAAAGGGACAGAGACAGUUCACUACUUACGGAGGUGAUUAAACCAAACAUCCGACUCCUUCAACUUGAUCAACAGCAGCAGAAUCAGUGGAACAUGAAGCUACUGGAACUUGUUUUUUAUAUCUGUCAUUAUUUAAGUUUUGUAUUAACUAAAUCAGUUUUAGUUACUUUCCAAUAACAAGUUAAUUCUGUUGAGGAUUAUUUCUCUUAGAAUUGAAAUGGACUAUUAGUCAUGAUUUUUUAAAUCUCUUGUGUAAUACCACUAUCCAGUUUUGCUUUCUUAAAAGAAAACUAUACCCCCCGAACAAUGUAGGUCUCUAUAAAAAGAUAUUGCAUAAAACAGCUCAUAUGUAAAACCCUGUUUUAUGUAAAUAAACCAUUUUCAUAACUUUUUUUAGUAGUAUGUGCCAUUGGGUAAUUAUAAAUUUGCUGUUGCUUAAGUAUUCAUUUUGGGGGUAUAGUUUUCCUUUAAAGAAAUAAAGGGGUGGGCAGAGAAAAAUGGAGCCAGCAGUGAAAAGUAGAUAAAUCAUUAUGUGAACCCUCACCACUUGGAGCAGUUUUUGCAGAAGCUGUUGAGACUGUGAUUCUGCAAAUAAAAGGCACUGUCUUACCAGCUUCUGAAGGAACAAAUCUAAUCUGUUGGGUGCCCUGGGGGUCAGAGGGGAGCUGGGUGGUGGGAUAAAACACCUUAUUGUGUGCUUGCUAGGUGUUGCAUCUGGCAAAAAUGGCCUGGGGGGCACUGCUGACCACAGCAGCUCAGGAAGAACAAGCUUUGGAGUUAGAAUGUGGCUGGUGUGAAGGUUAACAGGAAUAGAAUAGAGCUCAAUGUCAAAUUAAUGAGGUUUACAGUGUGGGACAAAUAAAAAUAUUUAUUAUGGUGGA